AGCAGAGGCAGGUUUUCGUAGACUGUGAAACUCGCAAAAGAAGUACUUGUCGAAAUAUUAUUUAAGUAAACACUAGCUGCAACUGAAGGUACCUUAGCGUUUAUUCCCGUAUCAAUACAUAAUUCGAAAGAGUCGCGAUACUCUGACUUGAACUCAAAAAGUUGCAUAUUUCUUGCGUCCGCAUUUGUAUUAGCAUUAGCUCUGAUUCUUUUUCUUUCAAUUCUCUAGUUCUACAUAAAUUCGAGUUUCCUAUCUUCUGUGGCCAAGAAAAUGGCCGCUCUUGCGCAGCUGAUGGUCUCUCGAUUGAUGGUAGUUGCGCCGGCUGUGAUCAUUUUCGCACCCACGGCCGUCGGAGUAGUGUCUCUUUCUUCAUCUACACGACGUAGCACUAGCAGUAGCACCACACCAGACAGGGAUGUUGCAGCACCAACAAGGCACCCCAGACUAGAAGCAGAGCGCGCGGAUCGACAGCCUUUACUUCAAAGCGGUGAGGAAGUUUUGACUGGAGCAACGCACCAGCCCAGUUCUGCGAGCGGCCAGAUCGUCACCGACGGGGCGCUGGCGCGUCAAUGGCGUGCUAGAGAAACCGCGGAAGAAGUCGUGGUUGAAGAUGCAGCAAAUGAGCAAGAGCACGAGCGGAACCAGAAUCCCACAUGUUUCGACUCUGGCGGAUGGCUGGUUUCGCAGCCCGCACGGGACUUGUUGGCGUUGUUGGAAAUCGUCGAGGCAAGUAUCCCAGACAAGCAUCAGUGCCUGUUUUGUCAAGAAGACGAAACAGAGCCAGAAUUGUUGGCGCGGCACAAGCGAAGUGUGCUCAGAAAGAACAGAAAAAGUCGGGGUGGAGUGUCGUCUUCAAGUAGUCGCUCCUCCGGUGGCAGCGUUGUUCGUGGGCAGAGAGAUCGAAAACGAGACGCCACGAGAACCUCUCCUGGCGACACAUCACUGCGGGAACAGAGUGCUAGAACCGCGGGCGGAAUGUUCGAUAGCGAUGACGAAAACGAGACAGCGGAAAAGUCUUUUUGCUGCCUGGAUGAAGUUUCUUGUCCAACGGAAAGAGAAGACGACGCCAUGACUUCAGUGGUUUUUCUCCCCUGCCAGCAUCGUGUGCACGGCUGUUGCUUGGAAGAUUGGAUCGAACGGAAUUUCUUCAAAUUUUACAGUGAUGAGCCUUCCGACAGGAAGAACGCGCUUUGGAAGGAGGAGCAGUGCAAGAGGGUGCGCGUGCGAUUGGAGGACUUUGUUUGUACUUUCCGCAGUGAUAUUAAGGAAAGAAGUACUCCAAGAACCGCGGACGAGCUGCAUGCUACGGGAGAAACGAAGGCCACAGGUAGUUGCAGCGCGGAGCAACCUAGCACGCCGCAGCCAUUGCUUGUCGUUGACGAAAAAAUUUCUGAUGCGAAGAAGCCGCUUACAGGGGCUACAGCACACCCUUCUCCUACCUCGUCCGACACCGAGCUUGGGAAUAUCAGCGAAGAGUGUCUCUUCGUUUCGGAUUUAUCUGCUGCGCUUUACUUCAGUCCGCCAAUGCAGAGCAACGCAGUACUGCAGAGAAGGUUUAUGAACGCUUCCCACAGUUCUUUGUCGUGUCCGAUAUGUAGACAGCACGUGCAAAGCUUGGUGCCAAUCCUCCAGGAAGAUAUCAGUCGCGUUCUCGAGCAAGUUCUUUCGGAGGAUGAAAACGCGGACGACCACAACGCUGCAGGGUCCCGUGGUCUCCCCCUUCUAACUCCGGACGCAACCGCACGGAAAGACCGUGAGGCGAUCGCACAGAAGAAGCAUUGCCGCAGAAGAACAGCGGGAAGAAAGCGGAGCGGACACACAAGUUCUAACACAAAUGAUGAUGCAGCUCUUUGCGGAUUGGAAGAGAAACUGGAGCGGCUCACACUCAGUCCGCAUCGCAUGCUGCGGGUAAAACAGGAUAUUUUCGAAAAGCUGAGAACGCGAGAUGCAAAGGAAGAUAUUUGUGCCGUGAAUGACCAAGCAAAAGCACGAAAGCUCGGCAAACAAGGGCGGACUGCGAGGUGGGUCGCGAGAGGGAAACCGAAAAACAGAAAGACGAACGAGCGCGACACCCGCGAGAAAUCGGAUAGUAAUUAUCUCGGAUCGGAACGACAACGAAGUUGCUUUGCGCGCAUGCAGCACUGCUACCUUCAUUGCUACCUUCGUUGCUUACAGGGGCGAGCUGCGGUUGCCAAUCGAGCGCGUGGCGUCGUGCGGGCUGCGCGAGGAACGCGGGUCGGACGGGGUUUGCUGACAUGUAUGCAGAACCACGAGCAAGGACUCAGAUUGGUGAUCGCGUUUGUGCUCAUCACUGGGAUCUCUGCGGGCACCUUUUUGAGAGACGGCCUCCACGUACACCUGUCCGAUGCUGCUGCGGAUUUUUUCAAGCAAGUGGGGAUUGCGCUUAUUUUUUUCGACGUAUGCCUCUUUAAACCGCUUGCCCGCCUCGCGACGCAGCUCGGCUUGAAUCAAAACAGGAGCGCAGACGGCGGAGAGGAAGGUCAACGAGAGGAGCAGCAGCUCAAGAGCUUUGAACUGCGUCUCGUGCGGGACACGAUCGAAUCGGGGCUGCAACAGCUCCUGGAAGCUUCGAAGAAAUCAAAAGAGAUAGACGACGAACCUUGCGCCCAUCUUCCUGCGCCCCUCGACUUCGAGGUCUAGAAAUAGAGGAGGAUUAGGUCAAAAAUAUGUGGCAAUCCUUACGCACAGAACAGACCGACAACGUCAAGCGAUGAGAUUUGUUACCGCGCAGCGGGGAGGAUCCUUUGCGUUGUCCUUUCUCGGAAACGGAAAUAAUGACAUUAUCGUCGGAUAGUGAGAAAUGUUUAUACAGGUUUUUGCACUGUUUGAUUGUAACUGAGAUCUGUGAUGCUGAAGCUGAUGUAUUAGACAGACGACGUUGAAGAUGACCCAAACACUCAAAAUCUAUGUACGAUGAAGCAGAAGCUUUCGCGUUGCCAUGCAUAUCACUGAACUAACAAGCUGAGACAGGCAUCGAUUUCUAUGUUGGUCUUGUUUAACCGCCGGAUGGAACUUGUUGACAUUUUGCUCUUGCACUUUUCAUUUGCUCAACCGUAAAGACACACUAGCUACAGCACACCAUAAAUGUCUCG